GGGUGUACAGCGGUGUGAUUUUUCCAGAGGUGUUUUGAUGGAUAACUAACGCGUGUGAACUGGGAUUUCUUUGCAUGGCGUUGGACUACGCUGCCGGUCGUUUGUGGAAUAUAUCCUGUGAUCGGAUUGGAUGCCGGCUUGAUUGUGGAAUAAUAAACCGAAAGAAAGACAGCGCCUCGCAGUCCCUUUUUUUAUCCUUUUUUUGGUGCAUUGUCCAUUUGGAGACAUUCCUCCCCACAGAUUCAGCUCAUGCUUUCUCAACCCUUGUCUGCGCAUGCUAAAACAGAGAUCUCCAUGAUUUCUUCCUCCCUGCCCAGGUGAUUGGGUGAAUUCUGCUGAGUGACAGGCUGACCGACAGCAGUUGAUGGUUGGGCAGACCCCCUCAGAUGGGAUCAGUGUCCAGGGGGAGGUGGAGACGGGGAGCAUGGGGAGCCUUUGCCCCCACUAACGGGAUGGCCUUGUGGACCUGGCUUCUGGCCGCUGUCCUGCUGUCCCUGCUGACCGUCAGCGUGGCCCGGCCCCCCCUCACCGCCACCAAGGAGGAGGAGGCCGCCCUGAAACCUGAAGAACGGUCCCCCCACCGGCCCAUUCUCCAGGCCGGUCUCCCGGCCAACAUCACGGUUCACGUUGGGGAGGACGCCCGCUUCGUCUGCAAGGUCUACAGCGACGCCCAACCUCAUAUCCAGUGGUUGAAGCACAUCAGCCGGAACGGCAGUCGCUACGGCCCUGACGGACACCCAUAUGUCCGAGUGUUAAAGAUCGCAGGUGUUAACACCACAGAUAAGGAGAUAGAAGCUCUCGACUUGCCCAAUGUAACAUUUGAAGAUUCUGGGGAGUAUACGUGCUUGGCGGGUAAUUCUUUUGGGAUCUCCUAUCACACUGCUUGGUUGACGGUGCUUCCAGAGGACGCAAACCGAAUUUCUAAGCCCACGGUGUGCUCAGUGCACCCAGGGGAGUUGCUGAAGCUGAGCUGCCCUCUGCCGCCGUCUGGGACCAUCACCUGGACCAAAGACGGCAGCUCUGUGGGCACCAACAAUCGCACGGUCAUAGAGCAGGAGCUGCUGCAGAUCCGGGAUGCCACGGCCAAGGAUUCAGGCCUGUACACCUGCACCAGCGUGGGCAAAAAAACAGUCUGCUUCAUAGUGAAUGUCACAGAUGCCAUCUCGUCGGGGGAUGACGAGGACGACACUGAGCGAUCGGAGGACACCGGGGUGGACAGAGAGCAGAUAAGCGCUCCGUUUUGGACCUCGUCAGCGAAGAUGGAGAAGAAGCUGCAUGCGGUGCCAGCUGCCAACACAGUCAAGUUCCGCUGUGCCGCGGGAGGCAACCCCCGGCCCAGGCUGCGCUGGCUUAAAAACAGUAGGCCUUUCCGCCAAGAGGACCGCAUGGGAGGGUAUAAGGUGCGUAGCCAGCACUGGACCCUGAUCAUGGAGAGUGUGGUGCCUUCGGACAAGGGCAACUACACCUGCCUGGUGGAGAACGAGUUCGGAGCCAUCAACCACACCUACACCCUGGAUGUAGUGGAACGGUCCCCCCACCGGCCCAUUCUCCAGGCCGGUCUCCCGGCCAACAUCACGGUUCACGUUGGGGAGGACGCCCGCUUCGUCUGCAAGGUCUACAGCGACGCCCAACCUCAUAUCCAGUGGUUGAAGCACAUCAGCCGGAAUGGCAGUCGCUACGGCCCUGACGGACACCCAUAUGUCCGAGUGUUAAAGACCGCAGGUGUUAACACCACAGAUAAGGAGAUAGAAGCUCUCGACUUGCCCAAUGUAACAUUUGAAGAUUCUGGGGAGUAUACGUGCUUGGCGGGUAAUUCUAUUGGGAUCUCCUAUCACACUGCUUGGUUGACGGUGCUUCCAGCACUCGAGAAAUCCAUAGGGCCCCUUUCUCCGGACUAUGUGGAGAUUGCAAUAUACUGCGCAGGCGUCUUCCUCAUCGCCUGCAUGGUGGGCAUUGUGGUGGUUUGCCGAAUGAGGAACACCGCCAAGAAACCCGACUUUGGGGGCCAACCAGCUGUCCACAAACUGAGCAAGCAGAUCCCUCUGCGCCGCCAGGUGUCGGCAGACUCCAGCUCUUCCAUGAACUCCAGUACGCCGCUGGUACGCAUCACAACGCGGCGGAGCUCAGCGCACGACGAGCGGAUCCCUGAGUAUGACCUCCCUGAGGACCCGUGCUGGGAGUUUUCCCGAGACAGGCUGACCCUUGGCAAGCCCCUCGGCGAAGGUUGCUUCGGUCAAGUUGUAAUGGCAGAGGCCCUGGGCAUCGACAAGGACAAAACCAAGGACGCUGUAACGGUUGCUGUCAAGAUGCUGAAAGAUGAUGCCACUGAGAAAGACCUGUCUGAUCUGGUGUCAGAGAUGGAAAUGAUGAAGAUGAUCGGCAAACAUAAGAACAUUAUUAAUCUGUUGGGGGCCUGUACACAAGAAGGUCCUCUCUAUGUGAUAGUGGAGUACGCCUCCAAAGGCAACCUUAGGGAGUACCUGCGGGCCCGCCGUCCGCCCGGCAUGGAGUACUCCUACGACAUCGCCCGGGUCUCAGAUGAACAGCUUACUUUCAAAGAUCUGGUCUCCUGCACUUAUCAGGUGGCCCGGGGCAUGGAGUACCUAGCAUCCCAGAAGUGCAUACACAGAGAUCUGGCAGCCAGGAACGUCCUGGUCACAGAGAGCAACUUCAUGAAGAUUGCUGAUUUCGGCCUGGCCAGGGACGUCCAUAACAUCGACUACUAUAAAAAGACAACCAAUGGCCGCCUCCCGGUGAAAUGGAUGGCUCCGGAGGCGUUGUUUGACCGGGUCUACACACACCAGAGUGACGUCUGGUCAUUUGGGGUGCUGAUGUGGGAGAUCUUCACCCUCGGGGGCUCCCCCUAUCCUGGCAUCCCUGUCGAAGAGCUCUUCAAGUUGCUCAAAGAGGGACAUCGCAUGGAUAAGCCUGGCAACUGCACCAACGAGCUGUACAUGAUGAUGAAAGACUGUUGGCAUGCCAUCUCAUCGCACAGACCCACCUUCAAGCAGCUAGUAGAGGAUCUGGAUCGCAUCCUUUCCCUCAACACAAACGAGGAGUACCUGGACCUGUGUGCCCCUGCAGAGCAGUAUUCCCCCAGUUUCCCCGACACCCGCAGCUCCUGCUCCUCCGGUGACGACUCUGUGUUUUCCCACGAUCCCUUACCGGAGGAGCCCUGCCUCCCCAAGUACCAGCACGUCAACGGGGCCGUGAAAACAUGAGCCCCCGGGGGGCCCGCCCCUCUCUACCCCCACGGUCGUACCCCUCGGCGCCCCUAGACACGCGGAGCACAGACACCCUCUCCCAAAACCUCCCAACCACCUAACUCCAUCACUCCAAGUGGACUAAUGGACAAGGAUGGGAGGGGGGGGGGGGGGGCAGCGCUGCUGUCACACACUCGUACUGCCAUGCACACACACUACGUUCUCACAAGAGGUCUUAAAGGAGAGGACGGGGACCCUGCAGAAGCUGUUUGUUUUUUUAACUGACUGAAUGAUAUGACUUUCCCAAGGGACCCUCCUCCUCCCCCUCCUUCCAUUCUCCCUUCAUAACAACACACAGAUUGGAGAGUUUGGUUCUCACGUUAGGUUGCUUUUUUGUUGUCUCAAAGACCUUACUCACUGAGUGAUCCCAUUCCAACGGCUGGCAUUCCAAGACUGUUGUUUGCUCCUGGAGGGACGUGUGGACCUAGAAGAAGAUGACGAAUAGGAAAAGGACCAAGCUCCAACUAACAAAACAGAGGAAUAGAAGAAGAGCACAUAUAGAAACUGUUUUCCUCUUUAUUUUGUAAUAUUGAUGCAUUUCUUUUUUGGUUCUCUUGAUAAAACCUUCCCAAUUAUUCUGGAGAGAAAUACACAGUAUAAUGUAUAGUGCUGGGUAUAUUUGUAAAUAUAUUCAAAAUGUAUAAAUAUAUAUUAUAUAUUUACAAUGAACUAUUUUUUGUAUGGACUCUGAAAUAACCCCAACCCUCUACAUCCUAUUUUGAGUCUGAGGCAAGUAUUCUAACAGGUUAUGUGUCCUCUUCACACACAAACUCACACACAGACAUGGAUACACAAACACCUGUUUUACUCCCACUCAGUAGCACAGAGUAUUGGCUUUCAGGGACUGAGGUAGCAUGUUAAUUUAUUGACUUAUGUUUUUUUGAAAUGAAUCAAAAAGAGCCUGGAGAAAAAGAAGAACAAAAACAACAUGGUUUAAAUGAUUACAUUAAACAUAAUAACCCAUUCAAUUUAUGGUAAUUUAAAAUGAUCUCUCAGCAAUAACAGAAAAAAGCUAUUUUAGUGGGUUUGAAAGAUCCAGGUUUUGUAAGUUUUAUAUAUAUGAAUGUGAAUAUUAAGUUAAAUUUCAAACAACUGUACAUUUUAUAGUCUGCUAAUCCCUUUCUUAUGUAGAUGUUGAUGCCAUUUCUAUCCAGACAUUUUAAUCUUUCUAAACUUUCUUGGUUUAAGGAAACAAGAUUUAAUCCUGGAUAUUAAUAUACGAUUGAUGGAAAAUAAUGGAAAUGCCUACUAGCAAUCCACUCUCUCAUUUUGACAAAAUAUAGACUCCAAAUUGACUCAACAGAAUUGAAAGCUGAAAAACAAAGUAUUAAAUCACUCAAGUGUUUUUUUGUCUUUUUCUACUGGACCAACUUUAAGAUGCCCUUUUGCAAGUGUUCAUGCCACAUUUGCGAAAUAAAAGAUGGAAAAUAUA